AUGAAAUAUAGUGAUAAAAAUGGACUUAUAGUUGCAGUAAUUGGUGAUGAGGAUACUGUUGUUGGAUUUUUACUAGGUGGUAUUGGUGGUCAAAACGAUAAUAAAGUGGAGAAUUUUUUUAUUGUUAAAAAAGAUACAGCUCCAUGUGAAAUUGAAAAAGCAUUUAAUUCAUUUGUGGAAAGAAAUGAUAUUGGCAUAAUUUUCAUCAAUCAGAAUAUUGCUAUCCAAAUAAAAGAAGUAAUUGAUAAUCAUAAAAAAAUUAUUCCAGCUGUUCUAGAAAUUCCAUCAAAAGAAGCACCAUAUGAUCUAUCCAAAGAUUCUUUUGUUAACAGAGCAAGUAAAUUUUUUCCCAUUGAAGAAUUUAUGUAA